AUAUCAAUUUUCAUUUUUUAAUAAUCCAUUAAAAUAUGAGAAAAAUUAGAACACAAUUACAGGACAGGCUCUCGCAAUCCGCCGUUGAAGUCCUUCAGCCACUGCAAAGGUGGCGGCGCCGAACAUCUCCUCCAUUUCUCUGUCGCCGGCGACAUCCGAAGAUCCCACACCUCCUCAAAACCACAACCCCAGCUCGAGCCAAAGGAAAAAUAGGAGCUCUUCCUCCAUUAGCAAAUCCAACGGCGCGGCGGAGCUCUUAAACCAUGCAAGCUCCUCCCUUUCCCAGCUUAAGCAAACCCAUGCCCACCUCCUCCGCUGCAACCUCCUCUUCCUCAUCGACCACACCCUUCCCUCCCUCCUCCUUUCCCACUACGCCUCUCUUUCCUCCCCUUCCGCUGCUUUCUCCGUCGCCUCUUCUUCCCCGGACCCCUCUCUCCAUCUCUACAAUCGCGCCAUUCGAGCACUCUCCAAGUCCCGCCACGCCCUCCGCCUCUACGCUCGCAUGCCCACCCUCGCCAUUUCUCCGGAUAACUUCACAUUCCCCUUCGUCCUCAACUCCUGCGCCGCUGCUGGCGAUCUCCCAGCCGGCGGCGAGCUCCAUUCCCGCAUCCUCCGCACCGGCUUCGCCGGCCAUCUCCCGGUCGCCAACGCUCUUAUCGACAUGUAUGGCAAGUGCGCCCAGCUCCCCCUUGCGAGCCGCGUGUUCGAUCAAAUGCCUAUUCAGGAUCUCGUCUCGCACAACGCGCUUUUAGGUGCCCAUGCCCGGCUUGGCGAGGACAUGCUCUCCGCCAGGAAGGUGUUCGACCAAAUGCCUGAGAAGAACAUCAUCUCCUGGAACGCCAUGGUCGUUGGCUAUGUCAAUACUGGGAAUCUCUUCGCUGCAAGAGCGAUUUUUAAUGCUAUCCCUUACCGUAAUGUGGUGUCCUGGACGGUGAUGAUAGUGGGGCACUGUAAAAACGGAUUUGUAGAUUACGCGCGUGAGCUGUUUGAUGAAAUGCCACAACGGAAUUUGGUCUCAUGGACUGCAAUGAUUGCAGGCUAUACGCAAAGCAGGCGAGCAAAGGAAGCUUGGGCAUUGUUCAAUGAGAUGCAAAGGUCCGGCGUCGAGCCAGAUUCCGCCACCAUGACCUGCAUCAUAUCCGCCAUUAGCCAGCUCGGGAGCCCCGAGCUAGCCUGCUGGGUUGGGGCCUAUAUCGAUCGGAAAGGCAUCGAAAGGAAUGUGCGGGUGCUCACUGCACUUGUCGAUAUGUAUGCAAAGUGUGGCGAAGUCGAACAAGCCUUUCGCUUAUUCGACGAGAUCCCCUCCCCUGAUGCUUUCUCCUACACUGCACUAAUCAAUGGACUUGCUUCCAAUGGCCAUUGCCUCGAAGCUCUGAAGGUGUUUGAGAGAAUGCAGGCAGAGGCGAUAAGGCCGGAUCCGAUCACAUUCAUCGGUGUCCUGAGUGCUUGUGGCCAUUCAGGACUCGUCGAAGAUGGAUUGAGGUUCUGGCAAAGAAUGGUGGAGGACUAUGGAAUAAAGCCUUGUUUGGAUCACUUUGCGUGCGUCGUCGAUAUGCUUGGCCGUGCCGGGAGGCUCGGGGAGGCUUAUGAGAUGAUUCGGGGAAUGCCGGCGAAACCUCAUGUAGAAACUCUGGGAGCAAUGCUUGCAGCCUGCAGGACUUAUGGUAAUGUGGAGAUUGCAGAGAGUGUUGCCAAAGAGCUCUUUGUACUGGAGCCAGAGAACACUGGGAACUACAUUCUGCUCUCAAGUAUAUAUGCUGAGAAAGGACUUUGGGCUGAGGCUCUGAGAGUGAGGAAGCUGAUGAGAGGAAGAGGAGCUGAGAAGUUGCCUGGAUCUAGUUGGACUUGAAAUUAAAGACAACAAACAUUCCCCAUCAAGACCUUUUAUUUUGGGAAAAUUUUUACUUGAUGCAUUCAAAUUUGUUCGGAGGUGAAUCUAGACGUGCCACAUCACCCAGGACCCAGUGCAUCCAAGUGAUGUGACGCGUCCGAAUUCGCCUCUGAAUGAUCCGAACACCGCACAUAAUAAUCUCUUUAUUUUGAGGGUUUGUUUGUAAAAAUCUUUGCUCUCAAAAGAAUCCUGCACCAAAAAUAUAUGGGGAAUUUAUAUAGAUUCAAAAUAUUAAUAUUUAUAUAUUUAAGAUUUACACUUCACUAUUUAUAUACAUAGAACUCAAAAUAUCUAAAUAAAAAUAAAAAUAGUAUUUUUUUUGCUAUCAUUAUUGUGUUACCAAUAUGUUGUCCUUCAAAAGCUGUCGAUCGUCUCUCGUCAUUAUUUGAUGAGCAUCGAGAGAGUCAUGCUUUGUUUGGGACAACUUUCUUGCUGCUUUCUAAAGUAACUUUUUUAGUUAAAAAAUUUCUAAUUCAACAAUUUUUUUAACUAAAAAAUGUUAUAGAAAGUAGAAGAAAGCUAUCUCAAACAAAACUUUAAACUUAAAUCAUAAACUCCAUUCAUAAGGUGCUAGACAUUGUACACAAAGAAAUUCAGAUUUUAAAUGCAUAAAUGCUAUUGUUGUAAGGGUUAUGAAUAAGUCUUUAGAAAAUGGAUCUAUUUGCAUCACUCUUGCAAUCAAUUGCCUGAGCAAAACAUUAAGAGAAAAAUAGAAAAAUCCUAAUGUAAAACAUCUAAUACUUCAACUGCAGAAGUAUUUUUCAUUGCCGGGCAAAGAACCGCACAUCCUUGUCCUUGAAAACAAAGAGAGUUAAAUACAGAGAUUACAUUAUAACUUCGCUCGAGACAGUUUUUUUAUUGUUUUUUAAAACAACUUUUUAGUUCAAAAAUUAAAAUUUUUGAGCUAAAAAGCUGUUUUAAGAAGCAAUAAGAAAGCCGUCCCAAACAAAGCCUAUAUUUCCAAAGAACAAUGAAAGGCAAGCAGAAAAUAAAGUUCAUUUUAUGUUCUUAGACAUUUGGAUGGCUGCAGUUCUAUCGUACCAGUUGAGAGAGAGAGAGAGAGAGAGAGAGAGA